AUGGCGCCCGCGACGCCGCUCCUGCUCGCCGCGGGACUCGCGCCCCUCGCCCGCGCCCUGCACCUCGAGGCUGCCGGCGGCGGCCUGACCUGCGACCUCGCCGCCCGGGAGGCCGCUGCGAGCCUCGUGGCCGGGCGGGACUGGGCGGGCCUGCGGGGCCACCCGUGCGUGCCGGCCGACACGCUGCUGCAGCUGGAGGCCGGCGUCGAGGACCCGGCGGACGCGGUGGAGUACCUUGGCGAGCGGGUCGUCGCGGACGUAGGGCCCGGGCCAGGGGCGGCUGCGGGGCUGUCGUUUCUGAGCGUGGGGUCCCAGCACGCCUCCUGCGUCAAGGGCCUGCUGCCGAAGGUGAUGUACAUCGGCGUGGGCCAUUCCGGAUCGACCACCCUGGCCGACGCGAUGAACCAGCACCCAGAUCUCACCUAUGGCCAGACCAAGGAGCACAACUGCAUCUGGAACUACAACGGUGACAACAAGGCAGGAUUUAUCGAGAGGUACACGGCGCAGUUCCAGGUAAAGUGCUCGAAGAAGAUCGCCUUCGACUCGAGUCCCAGGACCAUGUUCCUGGGAGACCCGGCCGACGAGCAGACCAUCACUUACCCGAUCGCUAAGAAGUUUGGCCUCGGUGUCGGGGCCGUGGCUGCCCUGAAGGACGUCUUGGGCGCGGAUGCCAAGUUCAUCACCAUGUUUCGCGAUCCCGUGCCAUGGGCGAUGUCGAACGGAGUCCAGGACGUGCUCGAUGCCCAUGACUUGACGGACAUUCAGAUCAACAGGUCGAAUCUCGGCUUCGGUAAGGGGUUCCUGAAGGGGCAGACCUUGACCCACGGCUUCUUCGCCAAGCGCGCCUGCUACGCCAAUGGUCUUGAGGCGUGGCUGAAGGUGUUUCCCAGGGAAAACUUCCUGUUCCUCACCAGCGAGGACUUCUUCGCCGACCCUCAGGCCGCCUACGACCAGGUGACAGACUUCCUCGGGGUGUCACGGGCCAAAUACCCAGAGGAGCUGUCGAAUGGUGGCUCUGGGCGCCGGCGGAACAACCGGAAGCACCAUGACGGUAUCCACGAGCAGUACCAUGCUCUGCCGUGGGUGAAGGGUUGCCGUGAAAGGUUGGAGAAGUUGACAGGCCUCAAGUUCAAGUGGGACGACCAUGCGGAGUCGACUUCCGCGUGA